ACAACAGCUAACUACUCACUCUACUUAUCCAAUGUCGGCUAUCUUAUCAGACACAUUAGCUUUUCUUGUGUUUGUCGCAGGUGACGGCUAGCUCCAUCAUGAUGUUCUACACUCAACUCUUCACGUCCAAGCGGGGGCCUCUGGCCAAAAUCUGGCUUGCAGCACACUGGGAAAGGAAACUCACCAAGGCCCAUGUAUUUGAAUGUAACAUAGAAAUAUCCAUCAAAGACAUAAUUUCCCCAAAGAUGAAAAUUGGUUUGCGGACAUCAGGUCAUCUGCUCAUUGGUGUGGUCCGGAUCUACUCCAAGAAAACAAAGUAUCUCCUCGCAGACUGCAAUGAUGCCCUGGUUAAAAUUAAAAUGGCAUUCAGGCCAGGUCUGACUGAUCUGCCUGUGGAGGGGCUCGAGGCAACACUAAAAGCAAUUACCUUGAUUGAAGAUUUCACUUCCUUUGAUGCCCAGCUACCAGACCCAAGUAAUAUAGAUGUCGUGGACCAUUUUUCACUGAACCAGUGUCGAACAGAGGAAAUUACUCUGAAAGAGGAUUUUGGAAAUGGCUUUCUGAACUUGGUAGAUUUUGGAGAUGAGUCCCAGAGCCACCAGAGUGGGCUGCUGGAUACGAGCUUCCAGAGCCUGGGUCAACAUGGAGACGCUUUUGGGGAUGAAGAUAAAACGUUCGACCUACUCGACUUUCUGACAUACCCCAGUGAUAAUGCUGAGUCCCCCAACUUCAUGCCAGCAGAGCCUCAAAAUGAAAGUCCAGAGAUCUCUACAGUCAAUCAUCAACCAGAUGCUGAUGCAGAUCCUACAGUGAGUGAGACCACGCUUUUCGCCAAUGAGGAGGAAGCCUUCGCUCUUGAACCUGUAGCUGUCACUCCAACCACAGAGAAGAAGAGGGGAAAGAGGAAACGCAAGUUGGUUGUGGAUGACACUAAAGAGCUGACCAAUGAAUUCAUCAGAGAGCAGCUUUCUAAUUUCUCAGAUCUGGUUGUUCCAAUGGACAUGGCCCCACCAACCCUGAAGCUCAUGCAGUGGAAGGAAAGCGGAGGUGCAGACAAACUCUUUGCACAGCCGUGUUCCAGUGCAGCAACUUCACAGAUUAAGGAGGUCUUUACCAAAAGUGUUUUCCAGGUGAAAUGUAAUGGUGUGCAUGAGGAAGUUGAGGUGUUGCGCCAGAAUGUACAAGAAGCUCAGAGGGACAUGAGUACACUCAUGGAGGACGUCAGUGUUGUAGAUUCAUCGAUAGAUGCUGAAAGAACACACAACACUGAGCUGACAGAACUCAAUCACAUGAAUGACAAUCGACAUGAGAACUACUCAGACCUUGCACAAGAUGAAAACAGGUCGGAGUUCACUCAUCCAGAACUUCCAUCAGAGGACUCCAUGUUUGUCCAUCCGUCCUACUUGAAGCAGGAGACUCAGUCAGCUUCCCUCCACACUCAGUCUUUGCUGGACAGCCAGGACUUUGAGGAGAGGAGGAUAACCAGGCGGACACAGAAGCUUCUGAACACUCUCAAAAACCAGAGCAACAGUGACAGCACGUUCAGCCUGCAGGCACUCUGUAAAGGAGUCACCCGCCCACAGGCUGCAACCACUUUCUUCUGUCUCCUGGUCCUGAAAAAACAAAACACCCUUCACCUACACCAGAGAGCACCCUAUGAGGACAUCCUCGCUACACCUGGACCCAAGUUCUAUGAUGAGUAAAACAUGAAACGGUUGCUUGAAGUUAUAAAGUUGCAGGCCUGGUCCCACAUGUUUGUGUUACGACUAAGUUUGCUCGAAUAGGUUUCAGCUUGAAAAGGAAAAUCUCACUUUUUGUCACGCACAUUAAUAUGUCUGUGUCUCAAAACGUGAAAAUAUUCCUUUUGCUUGUUCUUGGCACUUUGUUUGUGAGAAACUGGGAAAGUAUCAAUGAAGGAACUUUUUUGUCUAAAGUUGUUUGUCAGACUGUUUUUUAUUAGGCUUCUGACAUCAGACAGGAUCUAUGCCAGAUAUGGUCUUCACAUCACUAAAUAUUUUAAGCGAUCUGCAAGAUCCUCUGAAUAUUUAUUUUUUUAUUGUUCUGCAUGUUACAGUUAUUCUUGUGAUCUUUGAGGUCGGACACUUCUUGCAUGUUUAGUUAGUGUAUUACACCAGCUCCUUUUCUAUUUAUCAUAAAUACAGAUUUUAAGUAUGCAUGUAAGACCUGCACCAGGUGUCAAUUUAACCCCUGUUCUAUCUUGGAGAGGAAAGCAAAAAUGGACAUUUCAUUACAGGCAAAUGCUGUUUAAAAAAAAAAAAAGAAUUGCUCUAAAGUACAGGUAUCAUUUAUACCUAUUUAACACCAUUUCCUGUUUUGCAUCUAUAGGAAACGCAAGAUUGAAUGUUUAAUCGAUUUGUAUACAUUCAUAUAAUUAUUUAUUUGGUAUAUGACACUCUAUAUGGCAUUCAUAUAUUAAUCUUUCAUUCUUGUGGUCAAGAUAUUAUAUUGAACAUUAUUUUAUCCUGUAGCUCAAGUCUAGACCACUGAGUACUCCCUUCUGCACAGCACAGAACUGUGGGGUGACUGAUGUUAAAUUAAAAAUACGGUAAUACACUCAAAUGGGGUUACAUGUAUUUAUCAACCUACACCUUGUCAGAAUUGUAUCCAUUUUAUUCUGUGCUUAAUGCAGGCCUGACAUACAUUCGAGGAAAGCAGUAUAUAUUUUUUUUAAUCACACAUUUUACAGGAGGUGGCUGUUAGUACAGACCGCAUGCUUAGAAGUCACAAGAGUGACUGGACUUGAGUGGCAUUCCCAUUUCUCACUUGCUCUUGGAGUUUAUGUAAAAAGUCUUGAGAAUUAACAGUUUAACCCGUUUUAUAUGUUUGUUUUCUCUCAAAUUGUAUGUCAUGACAUAUAACUGUGGGUUGUGUUAAAAUAAAUGCAUGAAUGAAUGUGA